GGGAGGGGGGAGGCGGGUUGAGUUGGCUCCGGGGUCGUGGCGAGAGAGGACGAUGCUCCGGGCUGCCCAGAGCCGCUGCUGAGGCUCCCCGGCUCAGAAUCCCCCGCGACGUCUCUUGGGCAUCGCCAGCCCCCCAAAACGGUUCCGGCAUGGUGGUGCGGCCGCUGCUGCUGCGGGCCCUCAUCAUGGGGCCCCCUGGGUCCGGGAAAGGCACCAUCUCCUCCCGCAUCGUUAAGCACUUUGCCCUGAAGCACCUCUCCAGCGGCGAUUUGCUCAGGGAAAACAUGAACAAGGGGACAGAAAUUGGUAUAAUUGCUAAGACCUACAUUGAUCAGGGGCGACUUAUUCCUGAUGAUAUUAUGACCCAGCUGAUGCUAAAUGAGCUGCAAACACUAGAGCAGCACCACUUGCUGCUGGACGGUUUCCCAAGGACUGUUCCACAGGCUGAAGCUCUGGAAAAAAGGUGUCCAAUCGAUACUGUGAUUGACUUAGACGUGCCUUUUGAGACAAUCCAGCAACGCCUGACAGCACGAUGGAUCCAUCCUGCGAGUGGCAGGGUCUACAACCUGGAGUUCAACCCUCCCAAAGUGCCUGGCACUGAUGAUAUUACUGGAGAGCCUCUUGUUCAACGUGAUGACGACAAACCAGAAACUAUUAUGAAGAGACUGAAAUCUUAUGAAGCAGAAACCAGACCUGUCUUGGAAUAUUACCGAAGGAAAAGAGUGUUAGAAUCUUUCUCUGGAACAGAGACCGACAAAAUCUGGCCUCAUGUUCAUCGUUUUCUUCAAACCAAGCUGCCUGAUGUGAGCCAGAAGGAAACUGCUGCACCUGACUGAAGCAGACCUGUCCCAGUCCUAUUAUGUGGAAGUAUCAAUAGACAGCUGCACUUCUGAAAAAGACAAAUCUCAUGAGAACUUAAAUCAUGGUGACUAGAUGGGUUGCAUUAUGAAGUAAUGUGCCACACUGAUCAAUAUUCAAGUUAAAACUGUAAAAAUGCCACUUUCCAACUCUGCAAUCAUCUCAUUAUUUCUGAUAUCAAUUUUAAAGUGGUAUUUUCAUAUUAGAUGUCUUUGAUUUUUGUAAAACUAAUUUAAUAAACUGGUUUUUUAAACGGUAGGUAGUAUCUGGACAUCGCUAGGAAGGGGGUGCUGAUAUGAAAAGGUUGCACAUUUUAUGUAUAGUCUUAGAAGGGAAGAAGUGAUUAAAAUAUGAUGCCUUCAAGCAAUUUGAUUUCCAGAGCCCAAUAAACAGCUUUGCAUCAAACAUUUUGC